GUACAAAUAUUGGUGAUUUACUGGUCCUCUAACAUUUUUAAACCAAAACCCUAAAACCAAAAACCCCCGGAUUCUCUCCCUUCUCUCUACGAUUAGAGAGAGAAGGUCUCCCCUGCCGCCGCCAGCCCCGUUCCGGCGGAACCAGACGCCGGACGGUUAUUCUGCCACCGCCACGCGACUCGCCACCCCCGAAAACCCCCCCUAACCUAAGCCCCGUCGCCGAUAACCAUCCACAGCCGCCGUCCGCGUUUGAGCCAGAAGCGCCGCCUCCAGCGAACUCGCCGUUCCCGGCGUUUUCCGGCCGGCGCUCCACCCCCACCGCCCUCGCCACCCCCGAAAACCCCCCCGUACCCCAAGCCCCGUCGCCGGAUUCCGCCUCCAGCCGCCGGUCGCGUUCGAGCCAGACGCGUCGCCUCCGGCGAACUCGCCGUUCCCGGCGUUUUCCGGCCGGCGCUCACCCUCCACCGUCCUCGCCUUCCCCGAAAACCCCCCUACCCCAAACCUCGUCGCCGGAUUCCGCCCCAGCCACUGUUCGCGUUCGAGCUCGAAGAAUCGACGGGUUCGAACAGUAGCCGACCCUUAGCCCCCGCCCGCUCCUUUGCGCCCAAGGCGUCCUCUGCCUAGGCGCUCCCCACCGCUGUGUCGGCUGUCCUCCAGUUCCCCCGUAGCCGCCCAGCCGCCACCCGCCUCAGGCGCCCUCUGCCUUGGCGGUGCCUUCAGCCGACUGGUCGCUCUCACCCUUCCCGGGCGCGCUUCUUCAACCGACUGGCCGCCCGCCGUCAUCAACCGACCCCGCGCUUCCUCCUGGUGAUUGCGUCCCGGUCAUCGACGCCUCGGCGUUCUCUGGAAGUCUCCUCCUCCCCGAGUCUGGCUCUCUCUGCUUCAGUGCUUUGCUUCGCCUGAAGUUGGUGUUCGUUCUCGGCCUGUUGCGGGUCUUCUGUUCGUGUCUUCCUUCUCUGGAGUAUAGGUCGGCUUCUCAGUGCUGCCUUCAGGUAUUUUUCUUGUCCUCCUCGCUGGCGCUUGAAUCCUUAUCCCCUUUCCCUGGUCGCGCCCUAGGUCGGAGUCCCCGCCCCUCUCCCCUUAGGUGUAUGCUUUGUUCCUUCUUGCGGUGGAGGACUCCUGGUGAUGGAGUUAAUUAAUUAUCUUGUUGAUUCGGUUGGUUGUGUCCCCCUCUCAAAUCUCUGGGAGCGUUCUGGUUCAAUGACCCCGUCAAGUGCCCCUCCCCCUACCUCCUAUGCCGAAGCAGUAGCUCCCAAUGACUGUUCACCAAGUGUUCGGAAAAAUGCCCCAAAGGAAUUCUCUUUUCUCGUUGAUCCAAAACCAAAGAGAAUCGGUAUUAUUGAGGAAAUUGAGGGUGAUAUGUCUGUUUUGUUUGAAGAUUGAGGUGAUCGACAACCUAUCAGAAGCCUUUAGAUAUACUUUUGUGGGUAAAUUCUCCCAUGGGUUCUCCUCCUGGAUUGAUCUCAGCAAUGCUUUCGAUUCCCUCAAGUUGUCCGGAAAAUUCAGCAUCCAUGAGGUUGAACUUUAAACGCAUUUUGAUUCGGCUGUCUAAUGAACAAGAUUUCACUCGAAUUUGGUUAAAAGGCAUAUGGUUCUUUAAGGGCUUUCCGAUGAGAGUCUUAAAAUGGUCUCCAGAUUUCUCACCAAAUAUUGAGCCUCUUCUUGUUCCAGUUUGGAUUUCCCUUCCUUUGCUCCCAGUGCAGUUGUAUCAUCGAGAUGCUUUUUACACGAUUGCUCUUUCCAUUGGAACUCCUCUUAAGGUGGACGCUCCCACAGCUUCUCUUGGCAGGGUGUCAAAUGCAAGAGUUUGCAUCGAAGUUGAUAUAUCCAAGCCAUCUAAGGAGUCUCUUAAGCUAGAAUUUAAGGGCAAGGCUCUUUCUCAGAAAGUUGUUUAUGAGAACUUCCCGGAGUAUUGUAACCAUUGCAAUCACAUUGGCCACACUGAGAACUCUUGCAUAGGUCUUGGCAAGACACAAUCUUCAGGUCAAGAGAAUUUGAAUGGCUUGAUGAAGGAUUCUAGGACUCAGAAACAUGGAGGAGUGUCCUUUAAUAAUCAACUACGACCCCUUUAAGAAUAAAGGGAAACAGAUUGCUCAUGGUGUUGAUCUCAAAGGCUUCCUUAAUACUAAAAGGAGAAAUGAGACCUUAAUCAUAGCUCCAAUCCCCGUCAUGUGAGAGAUCUUUCCUCUUCGAGCUUUCCUUAUUGGAUUAAAGCUGAAGGAACCUCAAACUCGUUUGCUCCUCUUGCUGAAGUUGAUACACCGGAUUAUGAAGGGCGUAAGCGAAAAAAGGCUGAUGAUGAUGGUGGAGAACAUCCUGAUGUACCUCAAGAACCCGAGGACAGUCCUCUUGUCUAAUCCAGAGGUGUUGCCCUUGAUCACAUGAAUGAUUCUCCCUUGCUUCAUGGAAAUUUAGGCUGUGCAGGUAAUGGCGUGGGGGAGAUGGACGAAGCUGGCAACAACUCUGAAGAAGAUUCUGGAAAUGAAACAAACUCGUCUGGUACUGACACUGAGGAAAACUCUGUUAGAGUUGCUGGAAUGAACUGUGAGGAAUCCCCUUCGGGUGCUAAGAACUAUUCUCUGGGCAAUAUCAUAUGUGCUAGUGUUGGGGAACAUAACUCCACUAUGGAAGGAACUGGAAUGGCUAACGGCUGUAAGGUCAGGAAUAAGGGGAAACAAACUAGAAUUGUCAAUGUAUGUCAGGAGCUGGUCGAGAACAGUGCUGAUGAUGGGUCAGACGAAGAACAAUUUGGAUUGGUUUCUGGUAAAAGUUUGGAUAGCUCCUUUGGGGAUACUCCUCACCUGGACUUCUCGACCAAUGAUAGAUUAGAGGAUGUUGAGGGAGUUGAUGAGGAUUCCCAGUAUGAUAAUGACGGUGACUACACUCCUUUUAUCAAAGAGGUGAGCAUGGAGCUGGAAAACCCAUUAUACUUGCACCUUAAUGUCACACAGAGACAACCAAACCCCUUGGGAAUUAAUUUGGUCAAUAAUAAGAGUUUGGAAGAUAUCAUCCUACAAGACAACACACUUGACCAUAAAUAUCUCUCAGAUGGCCUCGAUCAAGAAAGAUUCCAGGAUCCUCGACAAUAUGUUUCGUAUGGAGAUAUUAUGGAGAAUCGCAGCCACACGAGGCAUCCAAAGGUGUGCAUAAAUAAAAAUCUGGAAGGUUACAUCAGUCCACAAACUGAUGGGCGUCGGCAGCAGUAUAAGGACAGAAUACAGGCCCCUAACUGUGUCCUCAACACUGAGAUGAAGGUCCUUCCCAGCAGUUCGCAGGAAAGGGAUGAACCGACUAAGGUUUCGUCAGAAGCAGUCGAAUUUCACAGAGACAAUCCUCUGAAUGAGGAGACCCCUCUUUCCUUGAGGCCAUUUACAAGGAGUUUUGCUAGGAAGAUGAAUUUGCUUGCAGCUGCCAAUCUGAAGUUGGAUUUAUCACCCCAACAUAAUUUCCCUUAAUAGAUUUUCAGAUUUUUUUUUGGAAUGUCCGUGGCAUUGGUAAUAAACUCACCCAAAAACAUCUGCAUCAUAUUUGCAAGAGAGAGAAAGUUCAAAUCCUUAUCAUCGCCGAGCCGAUGGUAGUUGCCCAGUCGUCCUAUUUUUGUCGUAGACUGGGUUUCUCGAAUAUGUGGAACAAUUGCUCUAACAAAAUUUGGAUCUUUUCUACAGUUGAUUUCCAGAGUAAUGUUUUGCAGGAUCAUGAUCAGCUUCUCUCCAUUUGAGAAUCACCUCCCCUCACUCUGCUAAACCUUUCCUCCUUUCUGGUAUUUAUGCUAAGUGCAGUUGUCUACAAAGAAAAGAUCUUUGGAAGACAAUCAGAGACAUUGCUAAUAUUGCUUCUGACAUUCCUUGGAUCUUAAGUGGAGACUUUAAUGCUAUUGCUGAUAUUUUUGAACGGGAUGGUCCGGGGAGGCCAGAAUUACGAUCUAUUAGAGACUUUAAUGAUAUGAUUUUGGACGCCAACCUUCUUGACGCUGGUUUCACAGGAGCUCUGUUCACUUGGACAAAUCAUCGUGUUUGGGAAAGGUUGGAUAGAACCUUCUAUAACUCUGCAUGGUUGGAUGCUACCGCCCUCACGAAGGUUCUUCACUUCCCAAGGGGACCCUCAGAUCACGCUAUUCUUCUCAUAUCGAUCAAUCACAAUAAUUUCCUCAACCGUUCUACCUUCAGGUUUCAAAACAUGUGGGUUAAGCAUCACCUCUUCUUGGAGACUGUCAAAUCUAACUGGGAAAUUCCGACUGGUCAUCAGGGUCAGCUUAGGGUGUGUUUGUUUGGAGGUUUGGAUUUUGAGUUGGGAUUUGAGUAGUAAAAAUUUUGAAUUUGAAUAGUUGUAUGAUGUGAUGUAAAUAGGUGUUGAUGUGAUGUUUUAAAUGUAAAAUUAAUUUUUAGUAUAAUAUAAAAAAUGAAAAAUUGGUGUUUGAUAUGAUAUUUUUUGGGGGAAAAAAUGGGAUGAAUAGUAAAAUUAAAAUCCAAUCCUCCAAACAAACACACCCUUAAUCUUCACCUUAAACUGUUGAGACUGAAGCAUCAGCUUAAAUGGUGGAACAAGAAUGUGUUUGGCAAUGUUUUUGUUAUCCUUGAUCAAGCUGAAUGUAAGGUGAAGCUUAGUGAAACAGAAUAUAACAGAGACCCCUCCCAAGCUAACCUGCAAGAGAAAAAUAGAUGUCUGGCUGAGCUUACUAGAGCUAUAAGUAUGGAGGAGGCCUUUUGGAAACAAAAAGCAGCAUGUAUAUGGUUGGUGGACGGGGAGAAAAACUCAAAAUUCUUCCAUGCCAUGGUGAAAAGAAAACGAACCAAAUCCCACAUCCUUGAGAUUAAGGAUGGUGAACAAACCCUCUCUACCCAAUCUGAAAUCUCAGCUUCGGCUAUAAGAUACUUCAGCUCCCUCCUCACUAAACAACAACACAGCAUUGAUAACAAGCUUCCUACUUUGCAGGAAAUCCAUGAUGUUAUUUUUUCAAUGAAUGGUGAUAGUGCUGCUGGGCCCGAUGGUUUCUCCGCCCUUUUCUACCAACACAGCUGGGAUAUUGUUAAGGAGGAUGUGUAUAAAGCGGUGACUGAAUUCUUUGAAGGCACCCCUAUGCCAAGAAGUUUUAAAGCUACCACCAUUGUGCUUAUUCCAAAAGUCGAGAACCCUGGGUCUUGGAGUGAGUUCAGGCCUAUCAGCCUUUGCAACGUCUCCAACAAGAUUAUAUCCAAGCUGCUCAACCUUCGGAUUUCCAGAAUCCUUCCUAGAAUUAUCUCCCCCCACCAGAGUGGUUUUGUUAAGGGAAGAUCGAUAUAUGAAAACAUUCUUCUGGCCACAAAAAUGAUUCAUGAUUUAAGAAUAGGUCGGAUGAGAGAGAUGAUCGGGACGAGUUUGAGGAUGAGAUGGGUCAGGAUGAAUUAAAAAGAGAUCAGUCGAAUAUUGUAUGAGAGUUUCUUAUACGUAGAAGUGGGAAUUGCUACGAUCCUAGAUUAGAAUUUGGGCGAUGAUAGGGUCAGAUGGAUAAAGAUAAGAAGAAUUAUGGGUCAAUCUGGCGAGGGCAUAACCAAUAGAUUUGUAUGGAUUUGGAUCAAUAAGGAGUCGGCCAAAGAAUGCAGAGGAAAAGUACAGACGGAGCCACAGUUCUAGGAACCAGAAUGGUCCCGAAGCUACAGUGUCUGCUUUUUUGGUAUAUGUUAGACGAGUACUUACUCGAGUUAAACCUUAAAAAAGGGUAGCUAAAAACAGGGUUCCCAAUGAGAAAAAAUGGCCGCAGGCCAGUUGAAUGGCCAGAUCAACUUGAGUAGAAAGAACGAGUUUAGAAGGAGAGAGAAUGAUGUACCUGUAAAUAAAAGAAAAGAAUUCUACCUGAAUAUUCAACAUCGAGAAUACGAAAGAAAUUACAAGGGAAAAGACAUACCUGCAAAGCCGGAAAAGGAGGAAGGCCGUGUGUUCUAGUUCAGAAAUAGGGGUGCUUUCCUUACCCUGGUACCAACUCCUUUCUUUCUUAGGUAGCUUGGCCAAGGCCCAGCCCGCGUGGUUGGUUGACGGUUCUCGACCCCUGAAAGAAACUAGAAUAGGAUCGUCGCCUACUAUAGGUAAGUGCGCGAUAACAGCCACGUCCAUCAAAGUUGGCCCGAUAGGACCCGCAGGAAGGAGGAAAGCACCCAUUUGAGAAUGCCAAAAGGCCGCCAUUGCCAAUAGGGCCUUGUAGUGGAGAUAGAGAGGUUGCGUUGAGAGGAGGAUAGCUUUAUCAAUUCCCUGGUUUUUCCACUGAUCUUCGAAGUGGGGGAGAAGCCUCGCAUACCAUGUACGAUAGGCGUUCUUUGGAUCGGUGAGGUGAGUUUUAAUAUUGCCCAGAAGGCGUUCUGGCUUGAACGCAGGAUUGUUGACAAUGAUUGGGGAGACUUGGGGGCAAUAACAGAUCUCAUACGUUCGGCAUCUGCGGUGGUUGUGCAAUAAGGGCGUAUGGUAGGGGUAAAAAUUUUCGAAACCACGGAGGGUACUGAGGGAUUGGCCCCGUUGAAAGGUAAAGCGGGAACAUAUUGGUUAGCCAUUGUAAGCAGAGGUGAAGAAGACAAAGAGGAAAUGUUUCAGAGGAGGCAGUUAGGAGAAGAUACAGGGAAGGAUUUUCAGAAUGCGUGAAUGUGAAGAUGAUGGAAGGGUUUUACAUAAACCCCUUUGAUUUGACACGGCUCAGUGUGAUGAUUACACUUUGUAAACCCCUAAAUGUCACGUUUCCCGAAGUUCAAGGGGUGACGUUUCGGCGUUAGGCGGGAGGAGGCAAGUUGUUGAGCAUAAAAAAAAAUGGUAGAUAGGGUUUUGAGAAUGGGCCUACCAAAUUAGGUUAAGAUUUAUUCAAAGUUUAAUGGGCUUUUGUAAGUCCAAAUAUAGUUGCAAUGAUCAGGUGGUCAGGUCGGGCACUGAGGUCGGACCUGAUCGGGACUAAUCCCAAAGGUCGGGCGUAAGAAGGUCGGGCAUUGAAGUCGGACCUGGUCGGGAUCUAAUAAGGUCGGGCAUUGAAGUCGGACCUGGUCGGGGCAAAUCCCAAAGGUCGGAUGUAAGAAGGUCGGGCACUGAAGUCGGAUCUAGUCGGGUCAAUCUCAAAGGUUAGGUGUAAUAAGGUCGGGCAUUAAAGUCGGACUUAAUUGGAUCAAUUCCAAAGGUCGGGCGUAACAAGGUCGGACGCAAAAUUAAGACAGUAUGAGGUCGGGAUUGAAGGUCGGGUGCGAUGAAGACGGGCGAUAAGGUCUGGUACGGAGACGAGGCAGGAUAAGGUCGGGCGUGAAAGGGUCGGGUACUAAGAUUGAACAUGACCAGGUCGGGCGAGGAAGUAAUAGAUGUGCAGGUCAGUUGAAAAGAGCAGUUUUUAGACAGUAAAAGGAAGUUUCAACUGGUGAGCGAUUUUGAAGGCACGAUUUGGUGGGUCGGUUAACACACGUGUCAACGUCAGAGAAUUUUCUAGGCGGUUGACAGCAGUUAUUAUAACCGACCAGACAACGGUUCGAACCGUUUCUCUAAGGGGUUAUUUAAAGAUCCGGAACCGACCAGACAACAGUUCGAACCAUUUCUCUAAGGGGUUAUUUAAAGAUCCGGUGUUCGGAAACGGUAUCUUCAAUCGACAAAAAUUCAAGAUAAUUGCUUUUGGGAUCACCACUUUAAUGAAAUUAAAUACUAUUUAUGUUCGGGUCUAAGGGUUUCAUUUAUUUUUGGGGUGUUGAACUUUGAAUAGUAAUUAUUAUAUCAAAACGUAGUACAAAUUAAGAAAAAAUUACAAAAAUACUUCUAUUAAUGUCUUAUAAUAGUAAUAGAAGGACAUUUGUACAAACAAUUAUACAAAUAUAAGGAUAUUUUUAAUGUUAAAUACAAUGACAAAAAAGGUAAAUGUGACCCUUAGAAGCGGACGGAAAAGAGUAUCAUAUUUAAAUAAUAUCCGAGCUUUGCGUAGAUGCAAUUUUCUUGAAGCGAAUUCGACCCCCCACCGAUCGCCUUCGAAAAUAGAAUGAAUUAACGAAAUAACGGAUUUUGCUAAUCGAAUUAGGGGUAUAAAUUUUUUAGAGGAAAUUUUUUGGAGUAAAAAAAGUUUUUGAGAAAGUGAAAUUGUAUAUAUAUAUCAGAAGAAAAAAAAAUAGUUAAUUUAUUUUGAAAGAUUGUUUGUGAAGUUUUAAAAUUACACGUUGCAAUUCAAUUGCAAUAAAAUGCAAAAUUGAAUUUUUUUAUUAUAAUUGGGCUUAAUCCAUAAGCCCCACGGCCCAUGGGCCAUCUUGACGAUAUUAAUUUAUAGUAUUGCAGUUGGUUGUGGCUCCGUUCAUAUUGGCAAGAUUUGGAGAAUCCAUUUCCAUUUGGAAUAUGGCCAAGCUAGGUUUGCUGUGAUUCGUUAAGGUAAUGUUUUCAUUUGUUACAUAAAAAUGCGACACAUGUUACAUAAGGAGCGCUUUCAGGGCGGUUACUAGGUCCACUCAUUUCUGUUCAGUUCGGGCCAUUCUUCUUUGAUGGACAACACUUUGGUGCUCCUGCAUCAGCCUUGAUCGAGUACUGGCUUGGAGUUGGUCAUGGAGGCUGGCGCAAGUCUAGCGCUGAUCCUCCACCAGGCGACUUUCCUCCUGAAUGCAGCUGUCUAAUGACUCCAGCUCUUUCUGAAGGUUCUCGAGUUCCUUCAUUUUCUGAGAGAUUUCGGUGGCCAAAUGAUGGCGCGCUUGCUGGAGUUCACUCAACCUAUUAGAACCUUCAUUGAGUAUCGCUGACAGGGAUGCCUCAAUGGUUGCAGUGUCAGGGAUGGGCUGUCACGGUGCAAAGUCGGAUGUUGGGGUCGAAUAAAAGGUAGGUCGGUUUGAAGUUCAAUGAUCCUCUCCAUCAUCCGACUGAGGAUUGGUGCCACGACAGACUCAGCAGGAGUCUGCACCAAUAAAUCCAUGACACCUGAACUAGAGAGUUUAGAUCUGCAGCUUAGGUCGGCCAAUGAAACAUCGGCGCGGCGCAUUACUAUUGGUAGGGCAGAUCCCAGUAAUGGCACUUUGCUGAGGAAAGUAAGGUCACGAGUUGUCUGUUUAAGUACGUUAGAGUGAUUAAAGAUUCGUAAGUAAAAAUAAUCUAAUGCAGUAAUAUGGAGGUUACCUGGUGGAGGACGGCCGUAGCUUCGGAAGGAUUUAGCAUAACCGGAGUUAGUGGGGAACGGCCAGAUGGGAUCCUCGUCCGAGCAACCGAUUUGGCGGUUGCGGACUGAGGACCUAUGAAGCUUGGCUCAGAACCCUGAAAAUGUAAGACGUCAAGUCAAAGAGAGUUGGGAUUAGCAUACGGGUAUGAAGACAAGGAAAAAUCCUAUCCACGACUUCGUUGUUCUGAUUAACAGAUGGGUCGCCCGACUCUGAAGAAGAGACGUCGACUGGUUCAAAGUGUUGGACUGGUUCAGGGUUUGCUUGGACUGAUGCAAGGACCAGCGGAUCUGGUUCUGCGGUCGGUUGAACCAGAUCAGGGACAACCGGCGGUUGGUGUUCAGUGAUCGUUGGUUCGACCACCGGGUCGGCUGCCACAAGCCCUUGAGAUAAGGAAUAUAAGUUUGACUCUAGAUAGGAAACAUAAUUUCACAACUUGCUAUAUACUCACCGGGAGCACGGCUGGCUGAGGAGGGGUAGAAGUCGAUGAGAAAAUCUGCCUCACCAUCGGGUCCUUUUCCUGACGAAUCAUUGGCGGUCCUGCCGAUGGAAUGAUGGACCUUUGGCCGACCGGGAUGUCCGGUCGGGAAGGGAUGGAGGUUGAUGAAGAAAUCUGCCUCAACGUCGGAUCCUUCUCCAGACGCAUCACGAACAGCUCUAUCGGUGUAGCGGCCGAUUGUUGGCCAGUCGGGGCAACAUGCGGUGAAGAAGAAGUCUGCGCCCAGGUAAAGAGGUUAAGUUAGAAACCAUAAUUAUGAUAAAUGAAAGACUUUGGGGGGAUUACCUCGGGGACGUUUGGCGAAUCGGCUGGCAAAGCAGCUGGUUGUGCUGAUGGCAAGGUAGUUGGUCGGGUGCUUAGUUGAUCGGUAAGCUUGGCGCCUGGUGGAUCAACCAACUGGUCGGUUGGAUGAUCGGCAGGCUGGUCAACUGGUUUCUCAGCAAGCGACACUGAGGAAAAAACUUGUCAAGAAUAUAUUGAAGGAAAAACAGAGUUAAGGUUAUGGUUUAUCCUUACCUAAGUGUCGGCGCACAUUGCCAGGCAACCAGAUGGGGUCCACAGGUAGGGACACCAAAUAAUCCUCUACCGCCUGCCGAUCAUAUACCGGUCUUGUUGUGGCCUUUGGUCGGACGGCUGUUUUCCUCUUUGGAGCGCUGGGGCCUUCGUCGGGAGCCGCCCAUUUGCUCCUGAGGACCGUGGCGAGAGUUGGCGAGCCCAAAGCAAGGGUUGGAGGAGGGGUUAAUUUCGCCAGCAAUUGGUCAGUAGGAGGGGCCACCACCGCCCAAGUAUCCGACCACCAAGAGGGAAAGGUUUCCACCGCCUUGGGGUCACGGCGGAAGGGAAGGUAGGAGUUGGAGGUGAUGUAAGAAAUCAGUUGGGAAAGAUAAGGUGAAAUCAAAGAAGGGAUCACUCGCCCGUCGGGGCUCUGAGUUAUUAGGUGUGGUCGGGCGAGUGGACCUGGUAAACCUUGACAGCAGCCGAACUGUCGAGACAAAAAUUGCGGCUGGUAGUUGAAAGUAUAAAAAGACUUACGGUUUCUCUUGUCAAACCUGGGACUAGAAAAAAGAGACCGUGGUUUAAGGGCUGAGUCCCAAGAAUGUGGAUAGGUCGGGUGAGGCAAAGGGUCUGGAUAAGAAAAGGGGUAAUUGGUUUCCGAAUAAGGCCAAAAAAGUUCAGUAAGAUACUGAACGUAAGUCUCAUGGACAAAAUAUUUUGAGUUAUUGCGGUCGCCUGAGAGAAUAGCAGCAAUUACAUGGUCAAAAGGGUGAAGACUCGAAGAGUUUGGGGUUAGCUGAGCAAGGGCCAACCCAAGAGAUUUACGGGCAUUCGGGGUUAUGGGCAGCCGACCAGAAAAUGCGUUCGGAAAGUAAAAUCAGCCAAAGCUCAAAAAACCAAAAAGGGCCAGAGGCAGCUGUGUCCGCCCUCUUGGUGUCUACAAGGCGGUCGCUGACUCUGGAUAAGUCCUCAUACAAGUUGGCCAAAAAGAGUGUCCCUAAAGAAAAGAAGCGACCACUGGCUAAGUGGAUGGCUAAGUCUACUUACGAGGUCAAAAUUGAUUUGGAGGGGGAAAGAAUUAUAUAUCUGAAGAAAGGGGUACAAAAGAUGAUUCAAAAUACAAAAAAAUAUACAAAAUGGAUUAGAUGGAGGAAAUAAUAUACCUGCAUAGCCAAAACAGCAGAAAGACGGUGUGCUCCAAGGCAGUUACUGGAGAACCCUCUGUACCCUGGAAGCGAAGGACAAAGUUGGUCCAGCCGCAUUCCUUCUCAGGUGUGCGAGCAAGUGACCAGCCUUCAUGGUCGGACGCUAGUUCUUGCCCAUCCAACGACCGAAAGAUAGGGUCGUCACCAACCAUGGGGAGGUGGGCAAUCAUAGCCACAUCCAUCAGGGUUGGGCCAAUGGGGCCAGUUGGGAGAAGGAAAAGGCCAAGUUGGGCAUUCCAAAAGGCCGCCAUAGCUAAAAGGACUUUGUCGUGAAGGUACAACGGUUGAGUGGCGAGGAAAAUGGCCUUAUCAAUCCCUUGUCGUCGUCAUUGUUCAUAAAAAACAGGACAUAGCCUCGAAUACCAGGAACGUAAGGCAUCUUUGGGAUCGGUAAGAUGUGUUCUGAUAUGAUCAUUAAUGCGUUCAGGUUUGAAAUCAGGGUUGAUAAUAGCUAAGGGGGUUACAGAAGAGAUGAUACUCUUCAUUCGAAAAGCAUCCUCAGAAGAGGUACAAUAGGGACGAAGAGUGGGAGUAAGAACAGCAGAAGAAACAAAAGGGAUUUCUGGAUUGGAACUAUCCAAAGAUAGAGCUGGGACGUACUGGUUAGCCAUGGUUGAAAGGAGCAAAGCGCGAAAGGGAGUAGAGAAAGUAUUGGUUCGCAAAAGGAGGAAAGUAAUUAAAAAGCGUAAGGAAGAAGAUGAAGACGAAGGGGUUUUAAGUAGGGUUUUUCUGCAAAAAUCCCUGAUUAGACAGCGUAAUGAUGAACAAACUGCCUGAUCACAUCACAUCUCACAUUGAUCGAGAAGUGACAGCAUAAUAUUUAAUUGUUAAAUAUUUUGGAAUUUUUUUGGGCUUCUGGUUGGAAUCUAACGAGUGGGGCCUACAAAUGAAACCUACAAGAGGAACGUGGGCUUUUAGGGGGCCCAUUUAAGAGAAACGCCUGUUAUUCGGUUGGUAGGUUAAUUGACCUGUCAAUAAACUUGAUUCAUUUGUCGCCCGCCCAAUCAAGCGAUCACCGUACGGUUCCUUCAAAUGGCUGAACAACCAUUCGUUUAGAGGACUCAUACGUCGCCCCAGUCAGGUGACUGACCUACUGUUCACUUAAAUCGGCGCCCAUUUCACAGACCUUUCUUCGCCCCACUUCCGUCUCGGCCGUCUCAUCCUUCUUCGCCCGAACUCCUCUUUCAACCGACCUCCGUGAAGACCUUGCCACCAUUAUCAUUAUUAUUAAUUUUUUUACUCAACAAUUAUAUUUCUUUCUCUCCUAUUUCUAUCCCAACCGACUACCUACGGGACGGUUCUCCUCUUUGUCAUCCGAUCAAUUCAGUAUAUUUAUGGUGUUGUAGAGAAUAAUUUUUUUAUAAAUUAGGAAAAAAUUAUCCAAAAAAAUAUAUAUUUUUUAAAAUUGAUUUUUUGCACAGAUAUAAAAAUAUCUAUUUAUAUAAUUGAUUAUAUUUCUUUUUCACCUCUUUCUAUUCCAACCGACUUGACGGUCCUCCUCCUGCUCAUCUGACCAAUUCAAUCCCAGCCAACUAACACGGUUCUCUUCUUUUUCAUCCGAUCUGCCACGUUAUCUCCUCUUUCCAUCCGACCGAGUUGGUACUUUAUCUCCUCUUUCCAUCCGUCUAGUAGUCGGCUGCCCAUAACCCCGAACGCCCGUAGAUCUCUUGGGUUGGCCCUUGUUCAUCUAACCCCAAACUCUUCCGGUCUUCACCCUUCUGACCGUGUAAUUACGGUUAUUCUCUCAGGCGACCGCAGUAACUCAAAUUUUUGUCUAUGAGACUUACGUUCACUUAUUCGGAAACCAAUUACCCCCUUUCUUAUCCAGACCUUUUGCCUCACCCGACCUAUCCUCAUUCCUGGGACUCAGCCCUUAAACCACGGUAUUUUUUUUUCUAGUCCCAAGUUUGACAAGAGAAACCGUAAGUCUUUUUAUACUUUCAACUAUCAGCCGCAAUUUUUGUCUCAACAGUUCGGCUGCUGUCAAGGUUUCCCAGGUCCACUCGCCCGACCACACCUAAUAACUCAGAGCCCCGAUGGGCGAGUGAUCCCUUCUUUGAUUUCACCUUUCUUUGAUUUCACUUUAUCUUUCCUAACUGAUUUCCUACAUCACCUCCAACUCCUACCUUCCCUUCCGCCGUGACCCCAAGGCGGUGGAAACCUUCCUCUUUUGGUGGUUGGAUACUUUGGCGGUGGUGUCCUCUUCUACUGACCAAUUGUUGGCAAAAUUAACCCCUCCUCCAGCCCUUGCUUUGGGCUCGCCAACUCUCGCCACGGUCCUCAGGAGCAAAUGGGCGGCUCCCGCCGAAGGCCCCAGCGCUCCAAAGAGGAAAACAGCCGCCCGACCAAAGGCUACAACAAGACCGGUAUAUGAUCGUCAGACGGUAGAGGAUUAUUUGGUGUCCCUACCUGUGGACCCCAUUUGGUUGCCUGCUAAUGGGCGCCGACACUUGGGUAAGGAUAAGCCAUAACCUUAACUCUGUUUUUCCUUCAAUAUAUUCUUGACAAGUUUUUUCCUCACCGUCGUUUGCUAAGAAACCAGUCGACCAGCCUGCCGAUCAUCCAACCGACCAGUCGGUUAAUCCACCAGGCGUCUAGCUUACCGAUCAACCAAGCACCCGACCAAUUACCUUGCCAUCAGCGCAACCAGCUGCUUUGCCAGCCGAUUCGCCAAUCGUCCCCGAGACUACUACUUCACCGCAUGUUGCCCCGACCGGCCAAUAAUCGGCCGUUACACCGAUAGAGCUGCCCGUGAUGCAUCUGGAGAAGGACCCGACAUUGAGGUAGAUUUCUUCAUCAACCUCCACCUCUUCCCGACUGGACGUCCCGGUCGGCCAAAGGUCCGCCAUUCCUUGGCAGGACCGUCAGUGAUUCGUCGGGAGGAGGACCCGACGGUGAGGCAGAUAUCCUCAUCGACUUUUACCCCUCCUCAACCAGCCGUGCUCCCGGGGCUUGCGGCAGCCGACCUGGUGGUCGAACCAACGAUCACUAAACACCAACCGCAGGUGGUCCCUGAUCUGGUUCAACCGACCGCAGAACCAGAUCCGCUUGCCCUUGCAUCAGUCCAAGCAGACCCUCAACCAGUCCAAGCAGACCGUGAACCAAUCCAACACUUUGAACCAGUCGACGUCUCUUCUUCAGAGUCGGGCGACCCAUUUGUUAAUCAGAACAGCGAAGCUGUGGGUUUUGAGCCAGGCUUCAUAGGUCCUCAGUCCGCAGCCGCCGAAUCGGUUGCUUGGACGAGGAUCCCAUCUGGCCGUCCCCCACUAACUCCGGUUCUGCUAAGUCCUUCCGAAGCUACGGCCGUCCUCCACCAGGCAAUUCGUGAGCUUACUUUCCUCAGCAAAGUGCCAUUACUGGGAUCUGCCCGACCAGUAGUAAUGCGCUGCGCCAAUCUUUCAUUGGCCGACCUGAGCUCUGCAGAUCUAAACUCUCUAGUUCAGUUGGUCAUGGAUUUAUUGGUGCAGACUCCUAUUGAGUCUGUCGUGGCACCAAUCCUCAGUCGGAUGAUGGAGAGGAUCAUUGAACUUCAAACCGACCUACCUUUGAUUCGACCCUCAACAUCCGACUCUGCACCGUCUCAGCCCAUCCCUGACACUGCAACCAUUGAGGCGUCCUGUCAAAGGCGGCAGCGAUACUCAAUAAAGGUUCUAAUAGGUUAAGUGAACUCCAGCAAGCGCGCCAUCAUUUGGCCAUCGAAAUCUCUCAGAAAAUGAAGGAAUUCGAGAACCUUCAGAAAGAGCUGGAGUUAUUAGACGACUGCAUUCAGGAGGAAAGUCGCCUGGUGGAGGAUCAGCGCCAGACUUGCGCCAGCCUCCAUGACCAACUCCAAGCCAGUACUCGGUCAAGGCUGAUGCAGGAGCACCAAAGUGCUGUCCAUCAAAGAAGAAUGGCCCGAACUGAACAGAAAUGGGUGGACCUAGUAACCGCCCUGAAAGCGCUCCUUAUGUAACAUGUGUCGCAUUUUUAUGUAACAAAUGCAAACAUUACAUUAACGAAUCACAACAAACCUAGCUUGGCCAUAUUCCAAAUGGAAAUGGAUCCUCCAAAUCUUGCCAAUAUGAACAGAGCCACAACCAACUGCAAUAUUAUAAAUUAAUAUAUAUCAAAGACAUACAUAUGAGCAGUUGUACGAAUGCCUACAUGAUAUGACUUUUCUACCUUUUUUUCAUUUAUUUAUUGUUUAGUUUUGUUG